UCCUUCUGCCCGACCUUCCCUACGGUACCCUUUUAUUCCACGACUUUAUUGUCGUCGCAUACAUUCUCUGACCUCUCAUUCCUUACUUGCCGCCCAGAAUGUUCGCUUCCCUCGCCACCGUUGCUCUUGUCGCCAUUGCCGCUGUCCAGGCCACGCCCCACUUUCCUCGUAGCAGCCUUCAUGGUCUGCACCGUGUAGUUCGUUCGACAAAGCCUGCCGGCUAUGCCGAGGGCUACCUCGAGCCCUAUGAUGUUUAUCACGCACGGUAUCUCGCCAUUGGUUGUCAGAACCAGCACGACACCCAGUUCUUCGAUGACUGCUGUCAUCCCCUGUUGGCUAAUGAGACCGUUGCUGCUAAUCGUCCCUCGUACUGCUCUGUUUCAGUGUCUGCUUCUUCGUCCGCCAGCGCCGUAGAGGCCACCUCGACAGAUACUUCAGAUGAUGACAGUGAAUAUGACGACUGUGAUGACGAAGCUUCUUCCUCUGCCACUUACGUACCCGCCACUACUUCUUCAUUCUCCUCGGAGUUGCCUCAGGCUACCAGUACAUGGACCCCGGCUGCCAGCUCCAGCUCCAGCUCCAGCUCUAGCGUUAGCAGCAGUUCUAGCAUGCCUGUAACCCAGGAUAACACCUGGACUCAGGACACGAAUACUUGGACUGCCGCGACGACGUCGUCAAGUGAAGAGAGCCAGAGCACAUGGACCCCGGAUCCCACCACCUCCUCGACGCAGGAGCAGGCCCAAAAGAACACCCAGACCCAAGAAACGUCAACUUCCUCUUCCUCCACUGCCGCAUCGACGGGCACUUCCAAUGCGUCUUCAGACAGCUCGUCGUCUUCGUCUAGUUCCGGCGGAACUUUCUACUCGGGGGGCGUAGGCACCUUCUAUUAUCAGUAUGGUGUCGCCGGUUCGUGUGGCCAAGUUCAUGCUGAUUCCGACAAGAUCGUGGCUGUUUCUGCCAUUGUCAUGAACUCGGCUCUGUGUGGUAAGACGAUCACCCUUACCAACACUGCCAAUGGAAAGACCGUCGACGCUGUCAUUGCGGAUACGUGCCCAGGUUGUUAUGAUGGAGGAGCUUCUAUUGAUUGUUCUACUGGUACCUUUGACGCUCUUGCUGACGAGUCUGAUGGUACUUUCCCUGGUGAGCUCUCCCAUUUGUCUUGGUUGCAUGAAUCUCUCAUGCCCUUUCCAGUCACGUUCACGCUCCCCGCGGUUUAAGACCGUGCCUCUCGUCAAUCGCUUGGCCUUGUUCAUACAUAUAUACCCAGAGGUCAGCCAGGACCUUUCUCUUCUUAACGUCUUUCACUCUUAUGAGUGAAGGGC